AGCGCCUUUAGAAGAAGAAGACGCUGACAAGGGAGAAGAAGACUUUCACAGUGAGUUACUGGCGUUGGCAUCACAUAACCAUUUAUAAUGAUAACGCCUGCAUUUGAUCUGAGCCAAGAUCCUGACUACUUGUUCCUCAACAUCCGUGUGCCUUACACUAGAACAACAGAGUUUGAUCUUUAUAUUUAUGGAACAGAUUUUAAGUUCUACGCCAAGCCCUAUUUUCUCAGAUUAUCUCUUCCUGGGAAAAUAGUGGAAGAUGGGAGAGAGAGAGCUAAGUUUGACAUUGAUAAAGGUAUCUUCUUUGUCCAGGUGCCCAAAGAAACACCUGGAGAACACUUUGAAGGAUUACAGUUGCUUACACAACUCCUGGCCCCUAAAGGUUCCCGUUCAGCAAAACCAUUGGUGGAGGUCUUAAAUACAGACUGCCUUGAAAGUGAAGGAAAAGAUGAAGAUGAAGAUGAGGAAGAAUUUGACUGGCAUGUUGAACAGGAAAUUUUCAAGGAGAGCUCUGAAGAGAAACAGAAAUAUGGCUUUGGCAAUCAGCGGUAUGGAGUGUUUGCAAGAUUACAGGAAGAAAUGGGUGAUGUCAUUGAUGUCAAAAACCCAGAAGAGAGCACAUCAGCAGAGAGGAGGCAGGCCCGGCUGCAUGCUGAAGCCUGUGCUUUUUCUCCUGACCACUACCUUGCUGAUUUAUAUGAGGAUGAGGAGAUAAAGAGGCUGCUGAAGUAUAGACCAUGGUGGACAACGCUGAGUCCUUCUACAGAGCAGGAGGGGGAAACUUCCAUAUCCUUCACCAACUCUGAAAAGGAACAGCUAAGGAAAUUCAACAACCGCUCCUACCUGCUAGACAAAGUGUCUCGUCACCAAGUGUGGCUAAGCCUUGUAGACAUCCUGCUGGCUUAUUCCUAUGAAAUACGGUCUACAGCAGGAGAGCAUAGUGUAGAGUCGCCUUGGACUAUCAGAAAACUCUCUGGGACUCUUUGCUGGCUGGAGUCAUACAACUCCUUGCAAGAAGUCCUUGUGUCAUUUGGACGGAGGGUUUUGUGCUUCCCACUUUACAGACACUUUUCCAUCGUCUCUGCUGCUGUUCGUGACACGGCUGUGAUUCUGAAGCUCGGAAAAUCCUGUGUCCUCAGAUGUCUGCUGGAUAUUCACAAAAUCCUCAGAGAGAGUGACCCAUCCUACAUACUAAACGAUCUGUACAUCACAGACUACUGCAUCUGGACGCAACAGGUCAAGUCAAAGAGGAUGACAGCUUUAGCUCUUAUGCUACAGGAUGUCCCACUGCAGAAAAAAGAUUUGGAGCUAGAACUUGAGGAGCUAGAGGAGGCGGCAUCAAUGGUGAUUGAGGAAGAAGUCAACAAGCAGUGAGCCUGUAAGAGUUAUCUGUUAUCCCACAGUGACAGAAUGCACUGUUCUAGUGACUGCAGUGGUAAAUCAGUUGAAGGGCAUGGCUGCAAUAAAACUAACAAGGGAGAAGGAGAGUUGUUACACAUCUUGACAACAGUGAAGCAGUUACUGAAGAAACCUCUAAAAGGAAUAGCAGGACAUUUCUAGAGAUGAGUCUUUUCAGAAACCCUCUGCCGGCCAUCUUAAAUGCAGAAAGAUUUUGAGAGUGACAGUGUUUAAGUAGCUUUAGGGCCUCUGUCCACAUCCAUCUUUUUUGUAGCUGGCAGUGCUCACAAACUCAUUUUCAGAUUUCUCACCAGUGUUUCUUGUUGGUACUUUACAAAAAAUAACUCCCACUCUUCUUGGUAAUAUCCAUAACAUGGUUUUGAAAUAGUUGUGUGCUUCAUAUAUUUUAGGGCUUGUCCACACAUGGGCAAAAACAAUAUAUUUCUGUUUCGUUUUGAAAAAUUUUCCAUAAACACAGGAUAGUUUCAGGAAAUGGCUGCAUGAUUACAGAACGACUGAAAACACUGUAGUAUAUGCCAAGCCUGUAAGUUGCACUAUAACGCUGCCACAGUAAUGCACCAAACAAAAGAAGAUAGGAAAACUGCCACAAACUUUCUCCUGGUAGCCCUUCUGGUUUUCCUCUGCGGUGGAUUUAAGAACAUCUGGUGUAUGCUGCCUCCCCUUCUUGACUUUGAUUGGCCAGUGAGAGAGAAGUGACGUUGACACUUUUUCAAAAGUUGAACUUUUUUAUUCAAAGGCUCUGCCCUUUCCCAAACACUGUAUAUUGAAGGUUUUCCAGAUGGAUGUGUGAAACAAAUCCAUCUGGCGUGUCAGAUUAGGGCUACCUUGGCUUUGAAUGAAAUAUGAGCUGUCAGCACUAAAAGCGCAAUCCAUGGAUACAGGCCCCUAAAUUGUUGACUCUUUCUAACUGGUUUGGAAACUCUGUAUGGUGUUAGUGAGAACUGAUGACAGGCAAUUUGAUCAGAUAAAAGUAAAUUUUGACUUCACUCAAUAAUAAGAAGACAUCAGUAAGAAAACAAGUGGGAUAUGGAACCAACCAACCAGAAAAGGGGCUAUGCAAUUCUUUUUGUGUUAUUGAUAUAUACACUUGCUUGUUAUUCAUUACUUGUAAAGCCUGUAAAGUACCAAGCCUGUAAGUGGUUAAAUAAAUAUUUUUCAGUUGA